CGAAUGGAUAAUGUAACCGUUUAGCUCUCUUUCUCUCUACUCCAUAACUCAACUCUUCCGGAAUGAACUUAGCUUCCGUUUCCUCGACGCCGCCAGUGGCUUCGCCUUGUUUCCGUUGCCGAUCUUUCAUCUUCUCCUUCUCUCCUUCGCCCCUCUCUUCUUAUUUCCCGCGUGACUCAGCAUGGCCUCGAGUUCGCUCCUUGCGAACGGAAUCGGACGGCGCUAGGAUCGGUAACACGGAGUCGUACGGCUCGGAAUUGCUUCGUCGGCCGCGUAGUUCGUCGGAGGAAAGUUCCGAAGAGGAGGAUGAAGAAAGCGGGGAAGGUGAUGAGUUUGUGGAUUGGGAAGAUAAAAUUCUGGAGGUUACGGUUCCUCUCGUUGGCUUCGUCAGGAUGCUUCUUCAUUCCGGAAAAUAUGCAAACCGAGAUAGGCUAAGCCCUGAGCACGAAAAAACAAUUGUUGAGAUGCUUCUUCCUUAUCACCCUGAAGUUGAGAAGAAGAUCGGAUGUGGAAUAGACUAUAUCAUGGUUGGGCAUCACCCAGAAUUCGAGAGGUCGCGAUGUUUGUUUAUAGUUCGAAAAGAUGGAGAACUAGUUGACUUUUCGUAUUGGAAAUGCAUAAAAGGUCUAAUAAAGAAGAAGUAUCCUCUCUAUGCAGACAGUUUCAUCCUCAGACAUUUUCGCAAACGUAGGCAGAACAGGUGAAGAAAAGCUUAUUGUAGAUUCUCAAACCCAACAACGCUCUUGGAUGCAUCCUACAAGGUUUUGAAGUCAGAACUCUGACACAGAAGAUCCAUUCACAUUUUUUUUCUCUUUUGAGUUGGAAUUAUGGAUGGAACUUUCUAAAAGAUGUGGUCUUCGUAGGAGACGAGCAAUUAGACCAUCAGAAUAGUACUCUUUUCACUGUUUACAGUCAGCAUUUAUGAAAACUUUUAUAUUGAGCUUAUGUGUAGAGUAGAGAAACGGUGCACACUUUGUGUGGGUUUAAAUUUUCAGAUGGAGUUUGUUCUUUUUUCAAAUGUCUUUCUUUAUCUUUCACAGUUACUAUUCUUGUUGGUAGAACUUUGCCACCGAAAUCAAAACAUUUGCUCGUGGGUCAUAUAACCAGG